UUAUAAUAAGAGAAGAAAACGAAGGGGAAGCGGAAUUCCCAAUUCACAACACAGUAAACACACUGGACUCAACUCACUUCUUCAAACUCAGAAACUGAGAGAAAAGAAUUGAAGAAGAAAAUCGAUGGAUCCAAAUCCAACUAACUUCCCAAUCCUCUCUUACGUCAUGUCUCGUCUCCCUUCUCUGACUCCCAAAACCGCCGCAGAUUCCAAUAACAACCUUGACGACCUCGAGCAGCCGCCUCCACUCUCCGAUGCUGCUGCUGCUUCUUCUGUGGGCCCACUCGGCACACAAUUAUUGGGCCAGAUGCCCAACCUUGACGACGCUAACCUCCUCGCCUCCAUGGGCCGUGCAAUCUCCGACGUCGCUCAGGCCCGAUCGGUUCUCAAUCUAAUUGGCGACCGCCCUACUCACGAGGAAGUCGACGCCGCCAGGGCCGACCUUGCUGACCUGGAGGCCAGGCUGUCACGCCAGCUGGAGGAGAUCGUUCUGGAGCCCAGGCCCGCUGACGUGGAUAUCCACACUUGGCGGGCCCGGCAGGCCGAGAGGGAGCUCAAGUGCAGGGAGGAAGCGGAGAAGGAGAGGCGUGUCGUCAAGUCGGUCAUACAGCUCGAUGAGAUGCACGAUGCGUACGAGAGGCUUCUUGCUGACGCCGAGAAGCGACUCGUUAGGAUCUACGGCGGUGCCGGAGAUGCCGCCGAUGACGCCGGUGUUGCUGCUGCUGGUGAUGAGCUGAACGAAGAGGUUGCGGAAAUACUGCAGGAAGCUUACGGGAAAGGGAUGGAGAGGGUGGAUCUUUCUGGCCGGCGGUUGCGGUUGUUGCCGGAGGCGUUUGGGAGGAUUUCCGGCCUUGUGGUGCUUGAUGCAUCCGCCAAUCAGCUUUCGACAAUUCCCGACUCGAUAGCUGGAUUGCAAAACCUGGAGGAGCUUAACCUAUCUUCAAACCUUUUGACAUCACUUCCAGAUUCAAUCGGAUUAUUGCAAAAACUGAAAUUUCUCAAUAUCUCUGGAAAUAAACUGAGUGCCCUUCCUGAUCCCAUCUGUCAAUGCAGGUCAUUGGUGGAGCUGGAUGUGAGCUUUAACAGUCUGACAUAUUUGCCAACGAACAUUGGAUAUGAAUUGCCAAACUUAAAGAAACUCAUGAUUCAACUGAACAAGAUUCGAUCUCUACCCUCAUCUAUCUGUGAGUUGAAGUCGCUGCGCUAUCUGGAUGCUCACUUUAAUGAGCUACAUGGACUUCCCAUUGCAAUCGGGAGACUCACCAAUCUGGAAGUUCUCAACCUGAGCAGUAACUUCAGUGACCUCAAAGAACUACCCGAGACAUUUGGUGAUUUGACUAACCUCAAAGAAUUAGAUCUCAGCAACAAUCAGAUUCAUGCACUUCCUGAUACAUUUGGUCGCCUUGAAAAUUUGACGAAGCUUAACUUGGAUCAGAAUCCUAUUGAAUUACCACCAAUGGAGAUUGUAAAUCAAGGCGUCGAGGCUGUGAAAACCUUUAUGGCGAAGAGAUGGAUUGAUAUAUUGCUAGAGGAAGAAAGGAAAAGCAACCAAGAAAUGCAAGAGCAAGCACAGAAUGGAUGGUUAACACGAAGCACAUCGUGGUUGAAGAAUGUUUCCGGGAAUGUAAUUGGGUAUCUUGGAACAGUUGGAUCACCCAUGGCACCCAAAUUACCCAGAGAUGCUUAUCUUGAUCAGCAGCUAUGAGAUGAUGAUCCAGGAUGUGUUGGAGGUUCUCAAAACAUGUAUGUCAAAUGAAGAUGAUAGAUACUAUAUCUACUACUCCGCAAUUGCUCCCUAUUGCUUAAUUUGCAAUUCUUCCGUAGGGAUGGAUGCUCUGAUGAAAGAACUUUUGUCUUUCUUUAAUCUUCGUUGAUAAUCAACUCCACUAAUGUUUGAUGAAAGAUUAGUGUGUGUCAAUUUAGUCUCUGAAUAAAAUCAAAUGUUUCAAAUUGGUCCUUGAAAAAUAUAACUAUGAAUCAGACUGGUCCUUUCAUAAGUUAGGUGAUGAUACAUGAUAUAUUCAUUUUACAACAUGUUAUCAUCUAGUUAGCUUAAGAACCAAUUUGAUUUAAUAUUGCAUUUUUCAAGGACCAAGAUGUAGCAUUUGAUCUUUCGAGGUUCAAGUUGAUGAACACGUAAUCUUUUUAGGGACCAUUUUAACUGUUAAUCCAAUGUUUUAGGUAAUGUUUUGAUCACGAGGUUGUUUCAGAUGUCAGUUACAUGUGGGAACUACCAAGCAAAUCCUAUACUACGUUUUUCUUUUAUGGUUUUGGAAAGUUUAACCAGGCAUACUACAAAAGUCAAUGCAUGGUUUCAGAGUUCCGGGCUCAAAAGGCCUUGCAGGAUACUUGUAAAGGGGAGAAGUGGAACUUAUGUUCUUAUAGAAUAUGGUUCGAGCUUUUGAUUUUA